AUGGAGGCGUGGGUGGUGUACGGCUGGUACAUGUGGGCGGAUCGGAUUAAGCACUUCGUCGGUGACACGCGCCGAAUCACAUUCCUAAAGUUCAAGCUCGUGCCAAAGAAGGUCUGUGAGGUUUGGGUCGAGGACCUCGAGGACUGGCGGCCCGCUACCAUCAGCAGCGUCGACACCGACACGAGCACGAGCCCGCCAACGAAGCGCUACGCCGUGGCGUACAAGGCCACCGACGACCGGACGGCGCCGGCCGUCUCUGGUGUCUUUACGAGCGACCAGCUCCGCCUCUGCCUCACGCUGCCGACCGAGGUCGCGACCGCCGAGCAAAUCACCGAGAACGGCGGCAACGGCUUCCUGGACGCGCUCUACCUGGGCCGGUCGACGCAGUACUUAGCGGCCCGCGCACCUGGUUACGGCGAGUGGUCGACGGUGUCGGUGCGCAUUGUCGACGACGCCGCCGAGGAGAAGGCCCGCGCGGCCGAGGUGGCGGCGUUUGAAGCGUCCAAGAAAGCCAUCCAGCUCGAACGCGACAACGAAAUGAUCAUGGAAGAGUCGCUGCACGCGGAUAACGCGCUCGGAGCGUUCAACCCCUGGGGCGGCAGCUACAAGGGCAUUGCGCUGGACGACGACGUGCGACCGCCUGCGAGCGACGACGAGACGGCGCCGGCCGCGCCCGUGGCGUUCAAGAAGCGGGCGCGCAAGGACAAGGGUGGGCGCAACACGCGGCCGAAACGCACCAGUGCGGACGACGAAGCGUAG